GAGCCGCCCAGACUCUGGCACUAUGGUCAUGGCGGAGGGGACGGCAGUUCUGAGGAGGAACAGGCCGGGCACAAAGGCGCAGGAUUUCUAUAAUUGGCCUGAUGAAUCAUUUGAUGAGAUGGACAGUACACUUGCUGUUCAGCAGUAUAUUCAACAGAACAUAAGGGCAGAUUGCUCCAAUAUUGACAAAAUUCUUGAACCUCCUGAAGGCCAAGAUGAAGGUGUGUGGAAAUAUGAACAUUUAAGGCAAUUCUGCCUUGAACUAAAUGGACUUGCUGUCAAACUUCAGAGUGAAUGCCACCCAGAUACUUGUACUCAAAUGACAGCAACUGAACAAUGGAUUUUUCUUUGUGCAGCUCAUAAAACUCCAAAAGAGUGUCCUGCUAUAGACUAUACUAGACACACACUUGAUGGUGCUGCGUGUCUUCUGAAUAGCAAUAAAUAUUUUCCCAGCAGGGUUAGCAUAAAAGAAUCAUCUGUAGCAAAACUAGGAUCAGUAUGCCGUAGAAUUUACAGAAUAUUUUCACAUGCUUAUUUUCAUCACCGGCAGAUAUUUGAUGAGUAUGAAAAUGAAACAUUUUUAUGUCAUCGAUUUACUAAAUUUGUGAUGAAAUAUAAUUUGAUGUCGAAGGAUAACCUGAUUGUACCAAUUUUAGAAGAGGAAGUUCAGAAU